CCGGGCUAUCGGCGGAAACUUUAGCUAACUUUCUGUGAGACACAAUGCCCAGAAAGACGGAGAGAAAAGGCAGCGACAAACGAGAUGGAAACAAGAAGACACCGAAAAAGGAAAACUCCGAGUUUCCUGCAGAGAAAAGCGGGUCUGCGGACAAAGAGAAGGACCUCUACCUGACACAGAUAGCGUAUUUAACCGACGAGCUGGAGCGACAUCAGCUGAAAUGUGAUGACCUUGUGAGACAGAGGAAAGACUUGCUGACUCAGCGCAGCACACUGGAGCAGGAGAACAGAGACACGAUCGCGUACCUGAAGCGUUCCCUGUUGGAGAAGGAGGACGAGGUGGGCGAGCUGUCGCAGCGGCUGCAGAACCAGCUGCAGGCUUCAGAUCAGGAAAGAGACGCCCUGCAGCUGCGGCACAGCCGGGAGAGGCAGGAGCUUCAGAACCGCAUCGAUGAACUUAUCAAAGAAAACACAGCACUCGCGGAGAGGUUUGCAAGCCUGGAGGCGUUUCAGGGGCAAAAGGAGGAGAUGAUGUCCAGCUUAGAGUCGCUGGAGAAGCAGCUGGCGAGUCAGAAGGAAGAGCACAAGGAUGACAUUCACAGCCUGGAGAUGAAAGCGCUGCUGGAAAAGAGGAGAUUGGAGAGGGAGAACGAGUCUCACGCUGCAGCCAUGGCAGCAGAGGUGCAGCUCCUGGUGGACCAGAAAGUCCCGGAGACGACCAGGCUGGCGCUGCAGGAGAACGCGGAGGUGAAAGCUCGCGUGGGGCAGCUGUCGGAGCAGGUGCAGAUCCUGAUGGAGGAGAAUGCUGCCCUGCGGGGCUGCAAGAGUCAGCUCAGCAUGGAUGUGGAAAACCUGGAAGAAAUGCUCAGAGACACGUCACGCACCAGCUGCGUCCGUAAGAAGGUGGUGGAGCAGCUCACAGAGAAGUGCCAGCAGCUGCAGGCGGAGCAGAAGGACUGCAGGCAGCGGCUCGAGCAGCUUCAGACCGAACACGCAGGAGCCCUGGGCAAGAUGGAGGCGCUGAGGCAGAAUCAGGCCUCUCUAUCUGAACAGUGCAGUAAAAACAGAGCUCAGGUCAGUCAGCUGGAGGCGGAGCUUCAACAGGAG